AGCAGUUUACACUAUGCCCAGCACUGGAUUACAGGAGGGAUGUGCAAAGCUCUGAACAAACGCAGCCAGUGGGAGAUGGAAGGACUGAGAGGUGGAGAGGGCUCUUCCACAAACCAGUGCAGGAAUUUCCUCUCUCCCCCCUCUGUGUUUGGCUCUCCAUCCAGCCGAGCAGUCUCAGGAUUAGCCUACCCUGGGGCUGAGAGGUCCAGCUCUGCACGCUCUGAGGCCACCAAGGAAGGACCCUCAUGUCCAGCCUCUACUGGGCCCUCUGCCCCAUCCCUGGGCUAUGGCUACCACUUUGGGAACGGAUAUUACAGUUGUCGCAUGUCCCAUGGUGUGGGUCUGCAGCAGAGCCCCCUUAAAUCAUCCAGUCACCCCCCUAUAGGAGGUUUCCCAGUGGAGAAAUACAUGGACGUGUCCAGCCUGGCUAGUACAAGUGUCCCCAGCAAUGAGGUGCCUUCCAGGGCUAAGGAAGUGUCUUAUUUCCAGGGUUACACCAAUCCUUACCAGCAUGUUCCAGGAUACUUAGACAUGGUGUCAACGUUUAGCUCUGCGGAGCCUAGACACGAAGCCUACAUCUCAAUGGAGGGCUACCAAUCAUGGACUCUGGCUAAUGGCUGGAACAGUCAGGUUUAUUGUAAGGACCAGUCUCAAGCCCCUCAUUUCUGGAAGUCAUCUUUCCCAGGUACAGUGUGUGUGUGUUUAUGUGUGUUUGUGUGUGUGAUGGUAGGGGGAGAUGGGGGGGGGGAGGGGGUAUACUUGCAAACAAGCCAAGCUAGUAAUUAGUGUGCUGUAUAGAGACAUGCAAUAUAGAGCAUUGCAUUCCUACUGUCACAACUAAAAGUUUUUAGAACAAUGCUGCUGCCUGGUGUGAACCCCCUCCCCUCCCCCACUCACAACCUGUGUGCCUGAGAUAUAAAUAUAUUCUAGAAGCAAAAGUAAAACCAGUUUGUAGAAGCACGUUUUAUCGUAAGACCUAUAUAAGGCAGAUACUGAUCUUUAUAAUAUGAAUGAUAUAUCUAAAAUACUGAAUUAUAACCUCACAUUCACUCACACACACACUCAUUCACAUACAGACACGUUAUGCAUAUAUUAUUGUGCGUAAGAAUGCGAGAUUUACUAACCGGUGGAUCGUUCAAGAUAUCUUUUUGAAGCAAGAAUAAAUUUUGCUCUUGGAUGUCUGAUAUGAAAGUUCCCCAUGUAGAACCCCUGGCAUUAGAGUUUUAAAUUGCAAGAAAUAUGUGUAACAUUUUUACCGUUUAACAUACCUCCCUCUGAGUGUAAACUUCAGUACGAAACGUUGGUAUCAAAGUAUUUGAUUAUUCCUCAAUGGCCACAACUAGUUUUAUCAGCAGUUCCGGUUGUUGGUUUUUGUUAUAUUAUAUUAUAUACACGCUCAUUCAUUCAGAAUAGCGAAAUGUCUGUGUUUUGCUGAAGAUCAUUCUUGAUGUAAAAGGUUAUUUUGUAGGAUUCAAGUACUGUAGAAUCUGUGACAUUUUUUAUAUAUUUUUUCUCUUCUUCUUUCCCUUUAGGUGAUGUAACACUAAGCCAGCCAGACAUGUGUGUGUACAGGAGAGGGAGGAAGAAGAGGGUCCCUUACACCAAACUGCAACUCAAAGAACUUGAGAAUGAAUAUGCCCUUAACAAGUUCAUUAACAAGGACAAAAGACGUAGGAUCUCUGCAGCCACAAACCUCUCUGAAAGACAGGUCACUAUAUGGUUUCAAAACAGGAGGGUGAAGGACAAGAAAAUAGUCUCUAAACUAAAGGAGAAUAUAUCUUGAUCUGGCAAUUCAAGUGCAUUAAAAGCAACGUGCCCACAUUGUUUCAAACAGACCUGAAAUUACUUAGAUGCCAAUAAUUCUCAUACCCACACGUUCUAACCUUCCUUUGAUGGGCUUCAAACAUUUUGUCCACCGAAUUCCAAAUGCUUUAUCUAGUUUUACAUUUUUUUUAUUUUUUUUGGCUUUGGACAAAGUUUAGGAGCUUUUUGCUCAGACACAGAACACACAGACUACCUGUGGUCUUAUUCAAUAAUGUCGUGUUUUGCAGUCUUAAUUAUUAUUAAGAUUCUCCCAUUUUGUGAUACCAUUGCCUCUCAGGAAAAAAAAAAAAACCGUCAAAUCUAAUUGCAACGUCAUUUAACCCGAAGGACCUUGGCAAAUGUCUUAACUUGGAAACACUUCAAUUUGCAUGUAUUUAAAUUCAUUAUAUUGUGAAUUACUACACACUAAUUUGGACACCUCCUCACCACGCAGGUGUGGUUGUACACUACCAAUUGCAGCCAAGUUGUACUGUGCAUUGUGUUUUAUAUAUAUAUUGUUUUGGCAUAAUUUUUUUUAAUUUUUUUUAAUCAAAGCAUUGGUUGAUUUUUUGUUUAAUAUGAACUACAAUAUAUUGUCAAUACAUCUGAUUUUUCUUAGUGAAUACAAUCUUCAUCACCAUACGAAUUGUUACUUUUUGAUCAGUGUUAUAAUAAAACUAUUGCAAUCUAUUUUUAUACAAAAAAAAAAAAAAUACACUUCAGGUAAGAGUUACCAAGGCAAAGCUGAAUCAGUUUUACGUAAAAGUGCUACAUUUGGACACAUCAGGACUAAACCAAUUGGACAUUUCUGAUGAUGCAACUGUUACAUUUUGUUAAGAUUUGCCAUAUUGGUAUUACCAAUAUCAAUAAAAAAGCUUAGUCUUCACAAAAAUUAAAAUACACAAUUUAGUACACGCAGUAAAAAAAAAGUCAAUAGUUUCGAAUGGGAAAUAUUAUCUUUAAUCACGAAAUAUAUUUAUUGUGGGAUUUGUCCUUCCACCACAAUUAUCAAAAUCAUUUCAAUACUCUAGAUUAGAGCUAUUCAGACAUUUUUCUCUUUGCUUAAAAAAAACGUUUAAAGGAAUUGUUGGCGGCUUAGCCAAUAGAAAAAUAGAAACAGUGAUUUGAGAACCCCCUUACAAAAUAAUGGACAUGGAAAAUGUUCUACUUUAAAUGUUUUGGCCUACAUUUUACAAGCCAGUUCUCCUUUCACCAAUACUCAGUUUUUUAAUUAAAUACACCACCACACUCUCUUGUGAUUAAGGUCUUUUGAAUCACUAUUCCAUAUGAACCAGUUUGUAUUUCAAAGUCUCCACGGAUCGCAUUUUAUGUUUGUAUGUGUUUUCUAUGGGAUAAACAGCGGUACCUAAAAAAUAGGCCCUAUUCGGUAAACUUGAUUUUAACCAAGGUACUAUUAUUUGGAAGGUACAGUUUGUGAAUUUUGGAAAAUAUUGUAUAUAUUUUGAAGGGAUAUUUUGUAAAGCACUUAUGUCUUAAAUUUUCAAAGCGAAGUAAUGAACUUUUAUAAUCAAG